AAUGGCAGUAGUCGUAACAGUAGAAGUAACAGUAGUAGUAGUAGUAGUAACAGUAGCAGUAACAGUAGUAGUAACAGUAGUGGCAGUAGCAGUAGUAAUAACAGUAGUGGCAGUAGUAGUAGUAGCAGUAGUAGUAGUAGUAGUAGUAGUAGUAGUGGUAACAGUAGAAGUAGCAGUAGUAGUAGUAGUAGCAGUAGUAGUAGUAACAGUAGUAGUAGCAGCAGUAAUAACAGUAGCAGCAGCAGUAGUAGUAGUAGUAGUAGUAGUAGUAACAGUAGUAGUAGCAGCAGUAAUAACAAAAGUGGCAGUAGUAGUAGUAGCAGUAGUAGUAGUAGUAGUAGUAGUAGUGGUAACAGUAGAAGUAGCAGUAGUAGUAGUAGCAGUAGUAGUAGUAGUAACAGUAGUCGUAACAGUAGUAGUAACAGUAGUAGUAGUAGUAGUAGUAGUAGUAGUAACAGUAGCAGUAACAGUAGUAAUAACAGUAGCGGCAGUAGUAGUAGUAGUAGUAGUAGUAGUAGUAGUAGUAGUAGUAACAGGAGUAAUAACAGUAGCGGCAGUAGUAGUAGUAGUAGUAGUAGUAGCAGUAGUAGUAGUAGUAACAGGAGUAAUAACUGUAGCGGCAGUAGUAGUAGUAGUAGUUGUAGUAGUAGUAGUAGUAGUAGAAUUAACAGUAGUAGUAACAGCAGUAAUAACAGUAGCCGCAGUAGUAGUAGUAGUAGUGGUAGUAGUAGUAGUAGUAACAGUAGCAGUAACAGUAGUAGUAACAGUAGUGGCAGUAGCAGUAGUAAUAACAGUAGUGGCAGUAGUAGUAGUAGCAGUAGUAGUAGUAGUAGUAGUAGUAGUAGUGGUAACAGUAGAAGUAGCAGUAGUAGUAGUAGUAGCAGUAGUAGUAGUAGUAACAGUAGUAGUAACAGCAGUAAUAACAGUAGCGGCAGUAGUAGUAGUAGCAGUAGUGGUAACAGUAGUAGUAACAGUAAUGGCAGUAGUCGUAAGAGUAGUAGUAACAGUAGAAGUAACAGUAGUAGUAGUAGUAGUAACAGUAGCAGUAACAGUAGUAGUAACAGUAGUGGCAGUAGCAGUAGUAAUAACAGUAGUGGCAGUAGUAGUAGUAGCAGUAGUAGUAGUAGUAGUAGUAGUAGUAGUGGUAACAGUAGAAGUAGCAGUAGUAGUAGUAGUAGCAGUAGUAGUAGUAACAGUAGUAGUAGCAGCAGUAAUAACAGUAGCAGCAGCAGUAGUAGUAGUAGUAGUAGUAGUAGUAACAGUAGUAGUAGCAGCAGUAAUAACAAAAGUGGCAGUAGUAGUAGUAGCAGUAGUAGUAGUAGUAGUAGUAGUAGUGGUAACAGUAGAAGUAGCAGUAGUAGUAGUAGCAGUAGUAGUAGUAGUAACAGUAGUAGU